CCCCUACGGCGAUGCAGGCCGACGGCGGUGAGGGGGACCCGGAGGAGUUCAAGGAAUUCACUGAUCAGGAACUGCAGUCGAAGGUCACGCGCCUGCGCGCUCUCCGUUCCCGUACAGCCGACGGCGGAGAGAAGGUGGGGAGGAUGAUCUACCGGGUGGAGAAGGAGCUUGAUCGCCGCCGCGCUGCCGGGCCAACGAAGGAUGAGGGGGCCCCGGAUGGAUUCAAGAAUUUUACCGAUCAAGAUCUGCGGUUGAAGAGCAAGAGGUUGCAUGCUCUCGAUGGUAGUACACCCAAAAGUGGCAAGAAGUUGCGAAAGCGUGUAUGUCCAGUGGAGGAGAUUGAUCGCCGCCACACUUCCGGGGUUGAGACAGGUCAUAUACAGAAGGUGCAGACACCCAGUGUGGAUGAUCCCUACGCCUCCGCUGAUGGCCAGCUGAAACCCAUAGGGAUAACUUCCAUGUAG